GCAUAUGUUAAUUAUAAUUAUUAAAUUGGUCCUCGGGAAAAAGAUCUGCUAAUGAGCGCCACGUGUAAUUAGAGAAAGCAGGUAACUGCCAAGGGCAACAAGAAGCAAAUAGGGCUGUGCCUACACCUACACCGUAGCAGGGCGACACCUUGGUACUAUAGACCUACGGUAGAUAAGGUCUAGGUAAUUCUAGAGUGACGGAUUGGACUAGAGCCCAACGAUCCGGCGCUUGCAGCUGUCUCACGCCUCUGUUUCCCUUCUUAUCUCCCGCAUCAAUUGCAAUUGUCUUAAUCCGCAGAUCAUUCAUUCAUUAUGUAUCAUCCGCUCCAUCUUCUACUCUCUCACCUCCGACCGUUUUUCUCUACUUAUCCAACUAUUGUCACCGUGGCGCUCUUUGGUAGAUGACUACCUAGGUAGGAUAGGUAUCUACCUACAAGUACACACCUACCUACUUAGGUACUUGCGAUGGUUUUUUAAUGGCACAACGCGGGGCUUGGGACAAACCAAUCGAGUUUGAUGGAUCUCAGCACCGUGACCGGUGUCGUUGAGGCUCUGGUUGCAACAUACACCGCUGGCCUCGAAUACUACACCAAGUGGCAGAAACGAAAAUGGCAGGGUAAUCAAUACAAGGCACACACUGAAGCUGGUCUAUGUGGCGGGAAUCCUUGCGCUUUAAGUACGUCGCUGAACUUUUCAGCUCGUAAAGUUAGAGAAGCGUUUGAUGAAGGAGUUGAUAUUCUAGGCGACGGCUUCGCAACCGGAGACGAUAUAUGCCGCCGCGCUCUCCAAGGCAACCUCGAACUUUUACAGGAGCGAAUAUAUGCUCUAUAUCAGGAGAUACGGGCCGAGGACAGCCCGCUCGAUCUUUUUGAAGCUGUGCGUGUCUCGGAGCGUGUCCGCGUCUCUGCUAUAGUUGCUUUAACCGGACAAUAUAAACGGGUGGCCGUGGGCCGCCUGGUGCCUCUAGUCUUGCCCGGGUCUCAACAGCGGUCGAGACUUAGCGCUACGAUGGAAGAGGAAACCGUAAAGCCAAGCGAUGUCGAUGGAGGUGUCUUCGGCGGUGCGGUCCAAUGUGCGCAUAUAAACCAAAGUACAGGUAGCAUGAACAAGUCCUCAUUCAUGCAGUCGGAACUCCCAUCGCCGCCACCAACUCCCAAACAUAAUCCCGAUGAUACCCGGUCUACUUAUACCCCCACUAUAUCUACGCCGCGGCCGAAGAACAGCGUAUUCAGCAUAUUUUGUCCAGAAGCGCUUAAGUAUCAGGUCAAUCCACAGAAAAAGAUGCCGAAGCGGCGGAAUUGUGGUUGCGGAUAUGACUGGGAUGGACUACACACUAAAGGCCAGAUGACCAUGAUGGUGAAGGAGGGGUUCAUGAUUACCGCAAGAUUCCUAGGGAAAUCUCACUGUGAUGGUGGAUUCGGAUGCGUGCUAUGCACCUCGAGUGGGAGGACAGAGACGUAUUCCAAUGUUGAGAGCCUGAAAGAUCAUAUCAACGCGUCUCAUACCAAGUGGCAAUUGCUUCAUGAUCGAGAUAUGAUCGGUUAGUAAAUAUCCAAGUACUAGAUCAUUUUUUGCUCUCUAUCUAGCUACUUUUUGAGGGGAG